GGACCGCUACUCUGGAGAAGUCGAGGCAAGAACCGUAACUGCAGCAGCUUGGCGGCGAGGUGCCAGGCGAGUGGCGAGGGCAGUUUGUUUACUCCCCAAAACACAGUGUCGGCAGGGGUGAAAACACCAUUCAACAUGGACGAGCUGACGCCGGUGUUACAGCGGUUCAGCAUAGAAGUCGUGGAAGCGUCACGGCUGGUUUCUCGCGACAUCAUCGCGUUUUGCAUGAGCGCUGUUAUCCAGCCUCUGUUGUCGAGACUCGAAGCCUUCGAUGUGCGUUUCAAAUGUUAUGCGCCGAUGCCAACGGAGACCAAUUUCGAAGCCUUGAAAGUAUCGGCCGGCAACGAAUUCGAACUUUUAGUUGUUUUAGAACAUUUGGCUGCAAUCAAAACCUUCAACGACCUCGCCGAAACGAACCCAUCUUUGGCGUGUUACGGCCAGGUCCUGGUGCAGGAGUGUUCGGGCCUCAGCUUGGACGAUUUGUGUACAGCCAACACCGCGGGUCAGCACAAAGUGCUCUCCGCCGCGAAAGUACGCGAGCAUUUUGCGCAAACUGUUGCCAAAGCGGCUACCAUUACUGCGUUUCAGGAUGCCACUGUUCAAGUUAGAUUUAAAGAUCCUUACACUCAGGUGAAGAUCGUUCGAUUCCACGACACCUACUUUGUUCAGCUGGUGCCGGCUAUCUAUUUCCACAACAUGUGGCCAUACUGUGCCAACGCAUGGGGUCAAGAAGAUGCCACCACAUCCUGGCUGACGCCGGAAGUGACGUCACACUGCCGUCACAUGGGAUUCUUCGCCGUUCCUCAAAAGUGUCCUUACAGCCAGGAGGAGACCCUGUGGAGGAUCUCGUUUCAACGGGCGGAGAAAUACCUGCUGUCGUACAGCUUUAUCGAUUCGCCGCAAGGCGUCAUGAAGCAAGUGGAUCGCGUGCUGCGGAUGCUGCGGACGUCAGAUGCAGACGCCUUCCGCCCCCUGUCGGCGUACCACCUGACGACGGCCGUGCUGCACGCCUGGCGCGAGUGGCCCGACCCUUGCAGCUGGACAGCUGCCCGCCUGGGGGAGCGCUUGCUGGCCGUGCUGUGCUGGCUCGUCCACGCGCUGGAGCAGCGCGAGCUGCGUCACUUCUUCGUCCCCUCGUGCAACCUGCUGGCCCACUACACCCCGCAGCAAUGCCUGGAGGCCGCCGCACGCCUUCGGGACAUCCACAACGAGUUCUGUCUGGCACCGGAGCAGAGCAUUCGUCUGCAGUGCUGAUGACAUUUUAAAAAAACAACAACAAAAAAGGAUUUGGGGUUAUGGUGGGGUGGGGUGGAAGCGGGCAAAGAAGGUUUGAGAUGGUAUGGGCGGCGAUAUGUACUUUCUCCGUCGUACGGGUGCAUUUACGGAGGUUCGCCCAAUGAGGUAGCUGGGUGGCUUCGCGAGAAUCACUCUCUCGCAAACACACAACACAGACAGGCAAAUAUUCGGAUAGAAACUCUCUCAGGGCUUCAGGAAGAGUAAUGGUGAGAAAUGUUUUAGGAGGUAUGACUGUUUGCAUACAGUCCAUAAUCGCGGGCAUCUUGUCAUAUUCAAUAGUAUUAUAGACAGGUAGCUGUGUGUGUGAGUGCGUAUGUGUGUGUCCACACCCUAGUAAAUGUGCACACGGUUACAUCACCAUUACUGGGUUCUGCACUUACAUUCUGAGAAAACAGAGGUUUGAUGUGCGCUGUAUGCAUGCAAAUACAGAAGGAUAGAAUAGGACGAAACCAACCUCUGCCCCUUGUCGCUCUGUCUAGUCCAAUAAAGCCCUUGUUAACGAGUGCUUAUAACAAUUAACACUCGCAGAAUUAUAUUCUUGGCACAAAAAAAAACAACAAAACAAAACGAAAUGUAAGUUUCCUCCCUAAGUCGCGGCUUGUUUGUAUCAUCAAAUGUGAUUAGUGUUCGCGGAAUGUUCUUAGAUGUUCAUAACAUUGUUUGUCCAAACAUUCUUUGCUACAGUAUGCUUCUUCUUCAGCCAUUUUAUUUGUAAGUGUACACGUGUCAUUUUCCCUGGUCUCACUGAAGUAUCAUUCAGGUUUCGAAUGAAGGUGUGGCUGUGUGAAAGUAUCGAGAUCUCAGAGCAGUGGUAUGUGUGUAUGUGAAAGUUUCGGAGGUCUCACAGCAAUGGAAUGUGUGAAAGUUUCGGAGGUCUCACAGCAAUGGAAUGUGUGAAAGUAUCAGAGGUCACAUUAACUUAUAUGGAUGUAGAAGGGCUUUGCUCUGUGUUUGCACAUUUUUGAUUGGCUGUGGCUGAGUGACAAAAAACAUUGUCUCAGUUCACGCUAUGAAGUAAAUAGUCGUUUUUCUC